AUGCCGCCCCAGAUCAAGACCGACCUGAACCGCAGCGGGUGGGAGACGACUGACUUCCCGUCCGUUUGCGAGAAAUGCCUACCGGACAACCCGUACGUGCAGAUGCUGAAGGAGGACCACGGCGCAGAAUGCAAGAUCUGUACACGACCAUUCACCAUAUUUCGCUGGAAAGCCGACCGCACCGCCCGACAGAAGCGAACGAACAUUUGCCUCACAUGCGCGCGCCUCAAGAACUGUUGUCAGUGCUGCAUGCUGGAUCUGUCAUUCGGACUGCCCCUCGUUGUCCGUGAUGCAGCGCUGAAGAUGGUUGCGCCUGGGCCGCAGAGCGACAUCAACCGCCAAUACUACGCGCAAGAGCACGAGAGAGAGAUUGAAGAGGGCAGAGGCGCCAUGGAGGCGUAUGAGAAGACAGACGAGAAGGCACGCGACCUGUUGAAGCGGUUGGCGCAAAGCGAACCGUACCACAAGAAGCAGCGACGUCUGGAAGCAGAGGCCGAGGAAGGUGGACAAAAGGCGCUUCCAGCACCUGGCACUGGUGGAGGUUCUGCAUAUGGGCACACUGGAGGGCCGAUCAGGACACGAGAUUCGAGAGGUGGUGCUAGCAGCGCGCGAGGAGGUAUGAGACCUGCGAGAGGAGGACGCGCUGGAGGAUCCUCAGCACAGCCCAACCCGCAAGACUGGCUACCGCCCUCUGAUCCGAACGUUGCAUCACUGUUCGUCACCGGUGUUGAGGACGACCUUCCUGAGCACGAGCUCCGUACACACUUCGCACAGUACGGCCAGCUACGAUCGCUAGUAUGCUCACAUCGAGCUCACUGCGCAUACGUCAACUAUGUAAAGAGAAAGGACGCGGAGACAGCUGCAGAAACACUGAAGGGCAAGGUAGUCAUCAAAGGGUGUCCCAUGCGGGUGACUUGGGGUAAGCCGAAGCAGCUGGACAGUCUGGACCAGAACAUCAGGAUGCAGUAUGCGAAGGAAGGCAGACAGGCUGCUGGUCCAGCGCGGCGGGCAGCAGCACAGGCGGCGAUCGAGGCGCCUGCGCAAAACGACUUGGACAGCCUGGCUCUUGCACCUCCACCUUCGGGCGACGAGGAAGCCAGCUACCCCAGUCUGGCAGGCAACUAG